CUUCUACUUGAACGGGCCCUUCCCCUUUGUCAUGCCACUGAGCCGUUUUGAACCCAACCCCAAAAACCACCGGCCUAAGCAGAGUCCACAAUCCCCGCUAUCGAUACCAGAGAUCGUCACGUAUAUAUUUGUUGAGUCUAGAUAGAACCGCACGCACCAAAUUAUUUUGCCCAAAGUCUCCUUCUUUCUUUCCAAUUUUCUUCUCAAUUUCGAAUCUCCCGCUCUCUUUCCAACCCAAACACGAUUAUUUAUUCUUUAACAGUUAUGAUUUCCCUAUCCGAUUACGAAAUCGCCACCUUAGACUUUUAAUCAUUGCCCAAAAAUUAUUUUAAAAAAAACUAUUCUUUUUAUGCUAAUUUUGACUAUUGAGGAGAUCUCUCUUCGUUUAAACCUUUAAAUUUCGAUGAGGGACAGACAGCAGAGCAGAGUCCUUCAUGUGGUUUUGUUUGAAAUUCGAGUGGUAAAGGGAGAUGGGUUUCGCUAUAUCGGAUGAAUUGUUAGGAACUGUUGUUCCGAUUGCCGUUUAUUGGGUUUAUUCAGGAAUAUAUAUGUGUUUAGGAUCGUUUGAGAGUUAUAGAUUGCAUUCAAAAACGGAAGAGGAUGAGAAGAAUUUGGUUUCCAAACAAACAGUCGUUAAAGGCGUUCUUUUGCAACAAACUCUCCAGGCUGUUGUCGUCAUCCUUUUGUUCACGGUCACAGGGAGUGAUGCUGGGGCUUCUGCACUGCAACCAUCUUCCUUUAUUGUUCUAGCUGGACAGUUUGUUACAGCAAUGCUCGUUGUGGAUACUUGGCAAUAUUUUCUGCAUAGAUACUUGCACGAGAACAAGUUCUUAUAUCGGCACCUCCAUUCUCAGCAUCAUCGUCUUGUUGUUCCCUAUGCAUUUGGAGCUUUGUACAAUCAUCCAUUGGAGGGGCUUCUCGUUGACACAUUAGGUGGGGCCUUAUCAUUUAUCCUCUCUGGCAUGUCUCCUCGAACUUCCAUCUUUUUCUUCUCUUUUGCCACCAUCAAAACAGUCGAUGACCAUUGUGGGCUGAUGCUUCCUGGAAACCCCUUUCAUCUUUUCUUUAGAAACAAUUCGGCAUAUCAUGAUAUCCACCAUCAGCUUUAUGGUGGCAAAUACAACUUCUCACAACCAUUCUUUGUCAUGUGGGAUAGAAUUCUCGGAACAUAUAUGCCUUAUUCACUUGAGAAGAGAGCAGAAGGGGGCUUCGAAGCACGGCCAACUAAAGAGUUCAAAGAUGAUUAAUAAGUAAACUGUGAGCAUCCUUUUGUUUGUUGUUGCAGAAAUGUACCACCAGUUUUUUUCUUCUCUUUUCCUUGUCAAUGAACCUUGUGAUUUGUAUAUACCUAUACUCUUGUGCUCUACACUUCAAACUUAUUUUUGUUUAUAGAAGUAAUAACGAGAUCCAUUAGUCAUUUCCAAUAAUUUCUCAGGAACUGCUUCAGGUAGUCCUUAUUCUAGGUAAAGGGCUUGGGCCUACCUACCAAAAUGGAUCAUGCAGUUGUAUUCAAUAAUUGGAGUUCGGGCUUUUCUUUUUAAUCUUUGGAUUACGACUGGAGAUCAAACUCGAGAUCUUCGGUUUAGGAGUUGACAGUGGACUCCAAUAUCACCGAGUUAUAAACUUUUUGGUAGUCUUCCAGGAUACCUAUAGAGUGAGUUAGUGAUGAUGUGCC